AUGAAAGAUUACAUAGAAAAAAAAGCAGAUGAACGGAAAACUCCACCACCACCAGAGCAAAACGAAAUAAAAACAGCGAAACCGGAUGAAGCAUCGGAGCAAAACGGAUGCCACAGCAAAACGGCAGAUGUAGGCGAUACGAAGCAGUUAAGCUGGCAAGAUAAAGAAACUCAUUCGCUAGCUCGCUACGAACAAUUUGGUCUCGCCAACAUCAAAAUACCGGUGCGUUGA